UCUUAAACCAUAACAUCGUUCACAAAUCCUAUUAUGAAGUACUAGAUAGUUUGUCACAGGGACAACUUGCAAUUUUCAUGCUCCUUAGAUUGAAACCACAAAAAUGAAUCCAAAUGAGUCGCUUUGUUUGUAGAUUUGAGUUUGGAAUUCACAGAGUUGUAUGUAUAAUAACUAUAAAAAGAACAUUUCCUAACUUCAACGUCGAUGCAGUGCUGUGUGUGAGAGGAAAACAUGAGACUCGUGUUUCCGGUCAUUGUUCACCGGGUCACUUUAUUCUCGAAGAACAAACCUUUCUCAACCUGCCCAAGCAUUCUCCUGCCCAAUGACGCCGCCGACGCCGCUGCCAUCGCCGCCAUCCUCCUCCGCGCCACUGACGCUGACGCCGCCCUCGCCAACUCCCCCGUCACCCCCCGCCCAUCCCUCAUCGACGCCCUGCUCCGAGAUUCCUCGGCAGAACUCUCCGCCGGGCCCCUCCUCUCCCUGGCCCGUUGGGCUGGCCCUUCCCUUUCCUCCUCCCAGCUUGCCUCCUUCGUCGAUCUCCUCUCCCUUCGCCGCUCCUUCCACUCCGCCUGGUCCCUCCUCCUCCCCCACCCUCCCGGUCCUCACCUCAUCCCCUCCUUCUCCUCCCUCAUCCGCCGCUACUCCCGUGCAGCGAUGCCUCACGCUGCCUUCCGUACAUUCAAUUACUCUCUGCGAUCGACGGCCGACUCCGACGACCUCUUCCUCGUCCUCCUCGAUGCCCUCUGCAAAGAAGGCCAUGUCCGCUCUGCCUCUGAUCUCUUCACAGAUAAGAAGACAUCGUCCGUCGGCUGGGCACCUUCUGCUUCAUUCUAUAACGUCCUCCUCCACGGCUGGUUCCGCGCCCGCAAGCUCCGCAAGGCCGAACGCCUUUGGGAAGAGAUGCGCCGAGAUGACGUCCCACCCACUGUCGUCACUUACGGUACUCUCAUCGAAGGCCUCUGCCGCAUGCGCCGCCCCGAUCAAGCCCUCGUUCUCCUAGACGAGAUGAAACCCGCCUGCCUAGAGUCCAACCCUCUCCACGUCAACCCCAUCAUCGACUCCCUCGCUGAAGAUGGGAGAUUUAAGGACGCCUUGGGAUUUCUGGAGAAGUUCCCUCUCUACGGCAUUUCGCCGAACAUCUCGACGUAUAACUCCCUCGUCAAAGGAUUUUGCAAGCACGGUGAUCUGGUCGGCGCGAGCAACACCCUUAAAACGAUGAUCGGUAGGGAUGUUCUUCCGACCGCCACAACCUACAACUACUUUUUCAAGCAUUUCUCCAAGUCUGGUAAAAUCGAAGAAGGUAUGAAUCUCUACACUAAAAUGAUUCAGUCUGGGUAUGCGCCAGACCGGCUGACUUACCAGCUAUUGAUCAAGAUGUUGUGCGAGAAGCAGAGGUUGGAAUUGGCCGUGCAAUUGAUCAAAGAAAUGAAUAUGAAUGGCUUCGAAUCAGACCUCGCUACCAGUACUAUGCUUGUGCACUUGCUAUGCAGGUUGCGAAGAUACCAAGAGGCAUGUGAGGUGUUUGAGGAAAUGAUCAAGAGAGGUGUUGUUCCCCAGUACAUUACUUACCAUAGGCUUGUGAAAGAAUUGAAGAGAUUAGAGAUGGAUGAAUUGGUGAGGAAAGUGUCUGUUAUGAUGGAUUCAGUGCCGCACUCUACCAAGUUGCCUGGUUCUUUCCGGGAGAAAGAAGGGGAUGAGACCGUGAAACGGAGAAAGACUAUAAUGAAGAAGGCUCGAGCCAUGUCUGAUGUACUGAAGGAUCAGAAAGAUCCCGCAAAGCUCAGGAGCACAACAGAGAAUUCUGUGCAGAGUGCGAAGAAAUUGAUAGUGGAUAUCAGAAAAAGGGCAUCUGCAGUGCCAAAUGACUAGAUUUCUUUUUGUGGAUUGAGUGUUAGUGGGAGUUUGGUAUGAGAUUAGAUUGCAGAUAAUUAAUUCAAGCCUCAACCCACACUAGCAUUCGGAUGAAACGAUGAUUCUCAGGAGAGUGAACCAAUUUAAGAAUCCUUCUAGUUGUUUAUCAACAAGCUUUUAUAUAAGGCCUUUUUUGGCAACGAGGAUCAUGACGGUGAUAGGUGAUGGUGCUCUGUAAAGUUGUAGACAAUGGCUUGGCAGGAUACACAAUAGUGGUUGGAGAAGUGUUCAGAUUAGGAAAUCUUGCUGAGGUGCGGAGGCAGCCACGAAGGAAGAAGACAAAUAGAAUCAAUAAGAAAAAGAUUUCUGCAGGCUGGGUCAGGCAAACUUCCAUUAAAUUUUGUUUCCCAAAGUAUAUGACAAAUGACGAGAAGAGCACGUGAAUGAUGGUCAGCAGUCA